AUGUUGUACUCUAUUUUAUUUUUUAUUUUUUUCCUCCCUAUUCUUUUCCUCCUCAAUAUCCCAAACCUUCCUCCCCAUUAUUCCUCGCAACCCUUUCCCUUCGGCCGUUUUUGUAAUAAUUUGGAAUGUUUUUUGAAAAUAUAUUUAACGGAAAAAGCAAAACAGGGCAACGAAGGGGAGAGCAAACUGGUUGGUAACUUGACCAGGCGUAUACAUACAUAUAUCUUCUCAACCCUCUCUUCAACUUACAUAUAUGAACUAAAUCGACAACUAAAACAACAACUCGCUCCGAAACAGCCAGCCCAGUCCAGCAUUCAAUCGAUAUUAUUCAUACAUAUAUAUAUUUAUAUAUACGCCUCUCGCGUACAUAUACAAUCAUUCACCGGCCAACAAAGAGUACUUCAGUGCAAUCUCAUCUAUAUACCUGCUCCUCAUGCUUCAGUACAGCAGCAGACCGCACACUCCAGGCACUCGCCGAAGACGAACGAGGAGCUCAUGCGCAGACUCAGGCUUGCUCCCAUCACCGUCUCCGUCGCCUUCACCUUCACCGUCAACACCGCCAGACAGCUCGUACCGGCCAGACUCGUUCCCCAUGGCCGUGCAAAAUUGCGAAGCCUUGACUCUACUGGUGCCAUGCAGAUGCAGGCAUCCUCUCCAUGCCCAUCGUCUCAGCCUUUCGAAAUAGGCCUCUCUCUUCGGGGGGUUACUACUCCCUCCUCCCCAAACUCCUCAACCUCAUCCACCUCUCUCGGCCAUCACUCCGACGCCGCUGAGGCAUAUAAGCCUUUCGUCUGCCAGGUGUCGCCUCCCACGCCCUUGUCCGACUUCAUGCACGAGUCUCAGCCCAUUUCUGUACUAGGUUAUCCCAACAUGUUCGUCCCCGACUACAACGUUGACGGUGCUUCUGCUUUCGAUUCUCUUCAAUUCAGCAACGUAGACACCCCAGUCACUGUUAGCACAGCUUCAUUAUCAAUGUCUCCACCACUUGGCAAUAUACCAUCCCGUCCAUCUAGUGUUUCGGACUCCUUUGGCAUCUACGAUCAACCACAGCAUCACCACCAGCAGCAUCCCUCUUCAACUAUGCAGUUCAGCAGAGAUCAAUGGAACAUGGCUCUCCCCAUUCCACGCUCGAACGUAUACCCGGACCAACAGAAGCUGAGCAGGGCCAUGCCAGAUCACUGUCCCGGAAGCAACAGGCAGUCCAUGUCGUCUGCACAUGGUUACUCAGACCUCUCGAAACCCCUAGACAUGCACCUCCAAAAUCUCGAUGGCUCAAUACCCACCUCCCAGGCCCAGUAUGGCCUCUCCGCAACCUCAUACCCACACUCCCCGUCUCCAACAGCUCUAAGCGAAGCUGACCUUCGCUCCAAACCUCAAUGUUGGGACCAUGGAUGCAACGGACGAUCGUUUUCAACUUUCAGCAACCUGCUGCGCCAUCAGAGAGAAAAGGCUGGUCUUUCCGUUAAAGCCGAAUGCCCGUACUGUGGAGCUGCCUUCACUAGGUCGACCGCACGCAACGGACACCUUGAGCGAGGCCGAUGCAAAGCCAUGAGGGAGGAAUGA